GAAGUCUCACCCAGCCUCUGCACCAAGGUUUUUCCCUGCACAUUGCUGCAGCUGCAGACCCACAAUGCCAGCUGUCCAGCUGCUGCUUCUGGCCGGCCUGGUGUGGGGCGCUGGGGCCAGGACAGCCCAACUCCGAAAGGCAAAUGACCGGAGUGGCCGGUGCCAGUACACCUUCAGCGUAGCCAGCCCCAGUGAAUCCAGCUGCCCCGAGCAGGGCCAGACCAUGUCAGCCAUCCAGGACCUCCAGAGAGACAGCAGUACCCAGCGUGCAGACCUGGAGUCCACCAAAGCCCGGCUCAGUUCCCUGGAGAGCCUCCUCCACCGGUUGACCUUGGCACAGACCAGCGGACCCCAGGAGAUCCAGGAGGAAUUGCAGAAGGAGCUGGGCACCCUGAGGAGAGAGCGGGACCAGCUGGAAAGCCAAACCAGGGAGCUGGAGGCAGCCUAUUCCAACCUCCUCCGAGACAAGUCAGCUCUGGAGGAAGAGAAGAGGCGCUUGAUGCAGGAGAAUGAGGACCUGGCCAGGAGGUUGGAGAGCAGCAGCCAGGAGGUGGCGAGGCUGGCAAGGGGCCAGUGUCCCCAGGCCCGGGACACCUCUCAGGAUGUGCCUGCAGGCUCCAGGGAAGCUUCUCAAUGGAAUUUGGACACUUUGGCCUUCCAGGAGCUGAAGUCGGAGUUAACUGAAGUUCCUGCUUCCCGAAUCUUGAAGGAGAACCCACCUGUUCUCCCCAGGGGUGAAGAGGGAGACAACGGAUGUGGGGAACUAGUUUGGGUAGGACAGCCUGUCACUCUGAGGACAGCCGAAACUAUCACUGGCAAGUAUGGCGUGUGGAUGAGAGACCCCAAGCCCACAUCCCCCCACACCCAGGAGACCACGUGGAGAAUCGACACGGUCGGCACCGACAUCCGCCAGGUCUUUGAGUAUGACCGCAUCAGCCAGUUUGUGCAGGGGUACCCUUCGAAGGUGUACGUGCUGCCCAGGUCGCUGGAGAGCACAGGUGCCGUGGUCUACGCAGGCAGCCUCUACUUCCAGGGUGCUGGGUCCAGAACUGUGAUCAGGUUUGAGCUGAACACUGAGACAGUGAAGGCCGAGAAGGAAAUCCCUGGAGCCGGCUACCGUGGGCAGUUUCCAUAUUCUUGGGGUGGCUACACGGACAUUGACCUGGCUGUGGACGAGACCGGUCUCUGGGUCAUCUACAGCACCGAGGAGGCCAGAGGUGCCAUUGUCCUCUCCAAAUUGAACCCAGAGAAUCUGGAACUUGAAAAAACCUGGGAGACCAAUAUCCGUAAGCAGUCGGUUGCCAACGCCUUCAUCAUCUGUGGCACCUUGUACACUGUUAGCAGCUACUCCUCGGCAGAUGCCACCGUCAACUUCGCUUAUGACACGGGCACUGGGAUCAGCAAGCCCUUGGCCAUCCCAUUCAAGAACCGCUACAAAUACAGCAGCAUGAUCGACUACAACCCUCUGGAGAGGAAGCUCUUUGCCUGGGACAGCUUCAACAUGGUCACCUAUGACAUCAAGCUGUCCAAGAUUUAACAGCCUCCAGGUGCUACCAGCAAUGGCAGAAAGACGAUGCUCAGGGCUCCUGGGGAGAAGAUGAGGAGGGCCAGCCAGCUGGGGACUGCAUGGCUUCUCUCUGCUUUCCAAGCUUGCAUUAAUCCAGAUGGAUGUAUGCGGUCACCAUCAGACUGUGCAGCGAUUAGCAAUUAGUACCAUGCAGUACUUAGAGAAUUUCUUAUUGUAGUAGAUAUUCUUUUCUUCUUCUGUCUGGUUCAUGAAAUAGUUCAUAUUUUCCAGUGAUUUGAGGCAAAAGCUAUAAAGUAACAUGGUAGUUACUUCAUGUUAUAUGGUUCCCAUAAGCCACCAUCAAGAGCAGGAUUUCUAAAGAAACAACAGUAGCUCUUGUGGCCAGCACUGAACCUCUGUAGGAUGCAUUUGCUACAGUUGACUUCUAAUACUUUAGGUAGAACUCAGUUUGAUAUUACAUAACUUUCUGCUCUAUGAAAUAAAAUUAUCUUGCACAACA